GAAAAACCAAAAAAUCAGUGUUUCCAAAACAAUGAAGUCUGUGGACGAAGUACCUGUGACCUCUAAUCAAUUAUGGUCGGGAAUCCAGCCAAAUCAAGCAUUUCCCAUAGUAAGUGAGUGCUUGCCUUUCAUAGGAGAGUCACAGGUAAAUUCAAUACUCUUAACAUUGGACGAUUUGAAGAACCUACACUUAAUAAUAUGCGAUGCAUGCUUAUUUGUUUGUUUGGACGAGUCGCGUAUGAUAGAGCAUAAGAGCAUUGACCACAAAGAUAAUACAAAAAAGAAAAAUGAGCAGAAUCUACAAUGUCCAGUUUGUCCCAAUACUUUUCAACACAAAUUAGCAAUAGACGCGCAUUUGAAAUAUGACCAUUACAUUGAUGACCCAAAUGACGUGUCUAAGAUCAUAUAUGCUAUCGAACAUAAAAUAUUAAUUUCAAAGCAGAUUGGAAUUGUGGAUAGACCAGUGGAGAUAAAAGAGGCGAAAGAUUUUUCUCAUAAGAAUGUUAAGACACAAAUUGUGGAAGAAAAUGAAUCUGCUUCGACAAUGCCCGAUUUAAUCCAAACCGGAGUGAUUAUUAAACCAAAGUCGGAAAAAUCCAAGUUGAAAGUGAUAUUGGCAAAUAAAUGUAGCGAGGUGAACUGUAAAGUUACUCUCCAGAGUCUGGAGAAGCUACAAUAUCACAAGCAGUGUCAUAAAGGCACUGUGUACGAGUGCCCUGAAUGUAACGAGCUAUUCUCCAUAUGGAAAUUCCUGACUGGUCACCUAUGGCGACAACAUAACAUUGAUAUGGAGCUGCAUUGUUGCGACGAGUGCGAUUAUAGAACAUAUAGCUUGAGCAAACUGAACAAUACGCACAAGCUCACUCAUGGCACGUCGAAGAACUUUAAAUGUGACCUCUGCGAAAAGUCAUUCAAAAACGCGAAGCAACUGCGAAACCACAAAGACACCCACAAGCAGAUCGCAUCGCCGAAGUUUCAAUGCACGGACUGCUCGAAGCUGUUCAGUAAUCGCCAGCAACUGCGAAUGCAUAUUGAUGUCGUUCAUAAAAAAUUGAAGCCCUUUCUUUGUAGCUAUUGCGGAUACAAAAGCGCCACGAAGAGCGCAUUAAAAAUGCAUAUUAGACAGCACACAGGUGAAAAACCUUUUACAUGCGAUAUUUGUGACUACUCGACGACAGACCAUAACUCAUUGAGGAGGCACAAGCUACGGCACUCGAACGAGAAACCUUACAAAUGUAGCCAGUGCGACUACCAAUGCAUCCAAAGCAGUGCUUACAAGGUUCACGUCAAAACCAAGCACCCGGGGCUCGAGUUGGAAGUGUUAUUCUCCUGCCGAUCUUGUCAAUUUCAAUCGAUCAACAGAGAUGUCUAUAACUGCCAUAUCGCAUCGCACCAUCAAGUACCGAAAACCGCUGUAACCUCAUCACCCAAAACAAUGAAUCCUUCGUAGAACGUGUCGAUUCUUGAAUAGUAAUAAUAAUCUUUUAUAUCUAAAGUUACGCAC